GCGAGAACAUCGAAACCUCUGACCCCACCUCCCUCCGCUCCCACCUCACCACCACCAGACCCUCGAGUUCCUCACACGGUCAACUACUACGAACUCGAACAAUAUGGCGGCUACCCAACAGGUCUUCAUCGACGGUACCUUCGAGGACCUUGCCGACGAGCUCGCGGGCUACAUCGACAAUGUCAAGAAGGUCAACGAGGCAGAGGGCGUCCGCGCCGAGAUCAAGCCACUCCUGGCAGCCAACAAGAAGGACGAUGUGCUGAAGAAGCUCGUCACCGCCGCCCCAGCCCUCAACGGCGCGCCCGAGAAGGAGUUCACCGCCGCAUACAACCUCCUCGUCUACCUGAUCGUGCAGUCGCCCAACGUCAACAUGUUCCUGCCAAAGGUGUGCGAGAACCUGUCGAGGCCCAUCGUGUCGUCCCCGCUGAACAGCUCGGGACUCGCACUGUCGGUCCUCACCACGAUCUUCAACCUGCUCGACCCGGAGAACGAGGUUCGCUUCAACGUCUUCCAGGCCAUCCUCCAGCUCGUCAAGAAGAGCGGCCUCUACGAGAUGCUCCGCCCGCAACUCAAGAAGUUGGAUACCUGGAUCGAGGAGUGGGAUAUUGAUGAGGAGGACCAGCGCAAGCUCUUUGUGCAGGUCGCUGACGUCGCUGCCGAGGUUGGCGAGACAGAGCAAUCCUUCCAAUACCUCCUCCGCGCCCUGCGCACCUUCGACGCCAAGGACACCGCCUCCCUCAGCACCCCCGAGGCAACCGACCUCACGCUCCGCGCCCUCAAAUCCGCCCUCAUCUCCAGCACCCACUUCGACUUCCACGACCUAUCGGCGCUGCCCACGAUCCAAGCCCUCGCCGACACUCACCCCGUGUGGUCCGAGCUGCUCGAGAUCGUCUCCGAGAAGGAGCUUGAGGACUACACCGACUUCUGCGACGAGCACGACACCUUCGUCGACGACAACGCCCUCGACGCCGAGGCCCUGCACCGCAAGAUGCGCCUCCUCACCCUCGCCUCCCUGGCCGCCUCCACCAGCAGCCGCGAGCUCGAGUACAAGCGCAUCGCAAAGACCCUCCAGAUCCCCGCCGAGGACGUCGAGAUGUGGGUCAUCGACGUGAUCCGCGCCGGCCUCGUCGAGGGCAAGCUGUCCCAGGAGAAACAGGUCUUCCUCGUCCACCGCACCACGUACCGCGUCUUUGGCGAGAAGCAGUGGCGCGAGGUCGCCACGCGUCUCGAUACCUGGAAGGACUCGCUGCGCAAUGUGCUUGAGGUCGUGAGGCGCGAGCGUCAGGCUGCAGAGGCGCAGAAGGAGCGCGAGCUGCAUGAGGUGGAGAGGAAGGCUCAGGGCGCGAGUGGGAUGGGCGCAGGCAGGCGUGUUGGAGGACGUGAUAUGAUCGAGAUGGGUACGGAUUAGAUGGGAUAUAGGGAGGGCCGCGGAGAGGGGUAGUGGACUGCGGGCUGGCGUUGGAUGUUUAGAUGCGAUGCAUGGCUGGAAACAGGGAUGAAUUUGGACGCAAAAACAGUAAUGAUGUCUACUUUUGCAUGGGAUGCCGGGCGCGGGAGAGAGAGGUGUGUCUCUGAUGGAGGAGACUACGCAAUGAUAGCUUUCGCGUCCGGUGGAGCAUGACCUGGAAAAAAAGAAUUCUUUCUUAAAACUGUAGCGCUGGAUCUCCUGUAUCAUCGCCGUGGCCUCGUUUCUGAACGAAAUGUAUUGUUUGUUUUUUUGAGUUACAGAUAUAUGAAAUGCUUGUGACGGACGAGCCUAUUCGUCUUGUGUAUGUAUG